CAUUCUAUAUGUUUAGUAUUUUGAUCGAAGAUUUCAUUACAUCUAUAAAUGUGGUUACUUCUCGUGUCGGAAUAUGUGUAUGUCUAGAAUUACAUAGCUCUGCGAAUCUGCCUUCCGUAUAGGAUUGAAACAAAAAAUGAUAGGCGUUCCUAUUCAAGUAGCGGUUCGGGUUCGGCCUUUGCUUCCCACGGACAGGCCACAUGAAGUUAUCUGUGUUGAUGCUUUUCCGUAUGCUAACCAAAUUGUUUUGGGGGGCCAGAGAUGUUUCACUGUAAAUUAUGCAUUGCCCAUGGACUGUUCUCAAAGCCAGCUCUUUGUUAUUGCAGUAUACCCGCUGAUUAGUUGUGUGUUGGAAGGAUAUGAUAUAUCAGUGAUUGCAUAUGGCCAGUCUGGGUCAGGGAAGACAUACACAAUUCUUGGACCUGGUCUACAUUGUGCUUUCAGUGAAACGGAGUAUGGCAUUAUUCCCAGAGUAACUAGAGAAAUCUUCAGUCUGCUGGCACAAACUCCCGGCAGAAGAUUCAAAAUAACAGUAUCAUUUAUUGAGAUCUAUGGCGAUGAAAUUAGAGAUCUUCUGAACACAAGCCAAAUCAAGAAAAAAAUAUUUAUUGUAGAGAAUCCAGAGGGUACAGCAGUUGUUGGAGCUGAAGAAAUCAGAUGUCAAAAUGUUAGUGAAGUAUUCAAUUGCUUACAUGUAGGAAUGAGCAACAGACAAAUAGGAUGGGCAACAGCUCAGCAUCAGCCAUGUCAUUCCCAAUCUGUAUUCACAUUAACUCUUGAACAACACUGGAUUGUUGACGGCAUCAUGCACCACGCAUGUUCGAAAGCUCAGUUUACUGAUCUUGGAGGCUCAGAGAAGACAGUUUUAGUGGAUGAUGAUGGUCAUUUGGUAUUAGAAUCAGUUCGACAGGAUUAUGGAUUGGUAGCUUUGGGAAAUGUCAUUUCCACACUCAUAGAACCCCAGUGGCAGCAGAUGCAGGUUCCCUACACGCAGUCUGCGUUAACAAGACUUCUUAAAAGUUCCUUUGGUGGGAAAGCUACUACAUUGGUGAUUGGCUGUGUAUCACCAGCUUCUCUGGAUUUUGAUAAAACACUAAACACCUUGAGAUUCCUUGCUCAGAUACAAAGCAUCAAUAACAUUCCAGUGGUGAAUGGAGGAAGAGACAGCAAUGAUCAUGAACUCAAUGCAGAUGUUACAUCAGAGGAACAAUACACAGAUGUUGUGGAUUCAGAGGAAAGGAGUACAAAUGCUGAUACAUUUGGGCUGGAAUUUGCAGCAUCCCAGUGGCUGAAAUUGGUUGCUAAUGCAGAAGAUUUGCUUAGCAAACUUGUAGUAAGUAAAUGCCUUUCUCAAGAUGAGAAAGAUCAGGUUGAACGUUGGCUGUGUCUCAAACAAGAAUGUGAAGAAUGUGUUGGAAGUGAUGAUACUACAAGUUGCAAGGGUUUCGAAGGAAGAAUGCUUGAGAGGAUAGAUGAAAUCACAGAGUCAGAAGAAAAGAGUGAAAAUUCCCAAGUAGCCUCUUCUUUGAAAAUGAAGUCUAAUUGCAGUAAGGAUGUGAAUGAGGGGACUAAUUAUGAAUCUGAGACAGAAAGUGAACAGGAUUCGCAGCAUCCAGACUUUUUGGAAAAAUUGGAUGAUCUAAUUAAAAAAUUCAAGCAAAGAACUGAUGGUACAGUGAGAAAGAAAAGGGAUUCAUAUAUUAUUGAAGAUCAGAAUGAUGUGAGUGAUGCUUCAGAAGAGUGCUUGGAUGAAGCACAGGGUGAAGAAACCUGCAGUAAGUGUUAUCCUUCUUCGAAAGGGGUUCAUUUUGUCAGUCACAAAUCACUGGGUGGCAGAAGGAAAAGCAUUCAUCCUGGAGCUGAUAUGCCAGACAUCACCAUGGCAGCAAACCAUACAAAUUUAGGAACAUCUUUAAAAGAAAUUGAGUCUGUAGAAGAAUCAAUCCAGAUAGAUGGUAAUAUUGACAGAGGAAGAAGUGAUACUAGUGACACUCAGAAGCACAGUGUAAGUGAGGCAGCUCCACCUGCCUGUGGUUCACCACUACCAGGGCCUUAUCAGGAGCUAAGGAUGCUGUCUGCAGGAACUGAAGCGAGACAGAGUCAGAUUCGCCAAGUGUUAAUUGACCUGGAAGGUGUUCACAAGAGGCUUGAAGAGUUACAGUGCACUAUACAGAUCAAGGAACAGUUCAUUGGGGAUAUGAUCAAAAACAGUGAAAUGAGAGCCUCAGCGAAACAGAGGUUUCAGAGAAAGAGAAGCAAAUUGGAAGAAGAAUAUUAUAAGACAAGGACACAUCUAGCGCAAGCCGAAAAUGCAUUGUUGCUGAUUGCCGAUGGUAGUGAUCUGAAUGAAGAGAAACUGCAACACAAGAAGGAAAUUGAAAAAUAUAAAAAUCUUGCGAUGCAUUAUGAAAAGCGGAUUAAAGAUAUUGAGAUGAUUAAACAGAUAGCAGGCGACAGUGCCAGAAAGGUUCUGGAGUUGGAGAACAGCCUUCAGAACUCCAAGAGACAAAUGGAGAAGCUAAAGAAACAACUGAAGAGAGAGGAGCAACAUAAACAGUGCUUGGAACAGGAGCUUUUGGAAGAUCAGCGCAAAAUAAAGGAAUUAGAGCAAAAGUACAACUUGCAGACCUCAAAGUUGAAUGAAAAGGAUGCAAGUGCUGCUCCAGAUGAGGACAGGCUGCGAUGGAUCCAAGAAGAAGAGAAAAGAAUUUCCAGCAUGAGAGAAUCGUCACAGAGACUUCAGGAGCAGUUGUUACAGCAGCAGACAAUGCUGGAGAAGAGAGAAGCAUUUCUCAAAGAGAAACUAUGUCUGGAAAACCGCAAGACAAAGAGUAUAAGGGAAAUGAGUGCAAGAAUAUCUCAUUUAGAGCAGGUGUUGAAAGAAAAAUCAACAGAUUUGGAAAAAACUGAAGAUCUGGAUGAAAAGGAAGCCUUAAGACAUGAAAUUCAUAGCCUCCGAAAGACAAAAGAAUGCCUUUCAAAAGAACGGUGUGGUUUGGAUGAAAAACUUCAGAAGGACAAAAAGCUGUCAUCAAUCGAAGAGAGGAAGAUGCUGGAGUGUGAAGAAGCAAUUGAAGCCAUUGACGCUGCAAUUGAAUAUAAGAAUGAAUUAAUAUGUGGAAGGAAAGGGCAAGGUUUGGAUAACAGCCGUGUUGAGAGGGAAAAGGGUGAGAAGUUACUUUUAGAGCGACUGAUGAAGCUUUCGCCUAUUGAGAUGAGAACUCUGCUCUACAAAUAUUUCCAGAAAGUAAUAGACCUUAAAGAGAAUGGCAGCAAGAUGGAAGUUCAACUUGCAGAGCUAGAAUUGCAGACAGAGGCUCAGGCUUGGAAGAUCCAGGCAUUAAUCAAUGCUCUUCAACAGACCCAUUUUGAGGCAGAGCGACGGAUCGUUGUAUUGCAGAAAGAGCACCAGGAAAAACUUCAUGUUAUGUUACGUCAUUUCGCUGAAGAGUCAAGCGGUAGCUCAGGUACUGAAGCUGCCAGUCGCCACCUGCAUCUCAACAGUGAUGCGGAACUUGGAAAAUAUAAACGUGAGAACAAAAUUUUGAAAAAGAGGAUCCAAGACUUAGAAGCAUUGUUGAAGACUGAUGCAAGAGUAAGGAGAAGAAGAAGUAGAAGUGUGAGUCCUGUCACAAUACCUCAGCAGAACUUGAAACAGCUCCAAGGCUCAGGUUCAGUACCAACAACAAAAGUUACCAGACAGAAGAACAAACUUAUCAUUCAGCAACAGAAAUCAAAGAAUACUUCUGGGAGCUAGCAUAAAUGCCAGGCAUGUGAUUCACAUAACACACUGUUCAAAGUACAGAGUAUGUCAGAUAGUAAAGUAGUAAUUCUGUGAGGUUCACACAAGAUAUAAAGCUUUGUCAGCAAAACAGCUGUGGGAUAUUUAAUAUGCCAUAUCACAACUAGCAAUUGUCAGAUUUUGGAUUGAAACUUGUAUUGUUGCCACUUAACAAAAUACCUUGAAAAUCAGUCAUGCUAAAGACAAGUUAGCAACAUAUCUUGAUGUGCUGAGUUCAUGGGAUGGCAACAUGCAAGCUUGAGAUAGUAUGUCAUGUCACUGAAGAGCACAAAAGAGAAGAAAGAAGAAAAGAAAAGUAAAGAAAAAAAUAUAGAGGUAUCCCUGCAACAGGUUGGAUUGUGAGAC